AUGGCCACAGCGAAGUACGCCAGUAGCCCACACAUCCACUGUGCUGCCCUCCUGUGGGAAAGUGGAGAGUGCUUGUGCCCAGUAAUGGUGAAUCAGUGUGAUGUAGAAGCCUUGCUUAAUUCUGGAAGUGCCAGGAUCCUGGAAUUGGAGUCUGUGUUGGAGGCAUCUUCCCUUGCUCAAGGUUCUUUCUUCCCGGCACUGAAGCCAUCGGAAACUGUGUUCAAGGUGAUCUUUUGGCUGGGCUACUUCAACAGCUGCAUCAAUCCCAUGAUCUAUCCCUGCUCUAGCAAAGAGUUUCAGCGGGCUUUCACUCGGCUCCUCAGGUGCCAGUGUCACCAAAGACAGAGGGUCCUGCGUCGCUUCUAUGACCAGAGGUGGAGGACAGCUGUCAAGGGAAUGACAAAGGAUCAAAGGGGAGACUAUAAGCCCGGCUAUGCUGUGCAUGAAUGCUAUGGCAACUCUUUGUUACACAAGGGGAAAGGGUGCUCGCUAGGGUUCAAGAGAUGGAGCCUCUUUCCACCACUGCAAAAGUCCUCCUUCCAGCUCAAAGAGAAAGUCAACAAUCUGUCAAAUAAAAUCAAGGGAGGAACAGGAAAAAGUUCCACACCUGCAGUUGGCCGGAUUGAUGUAGUAGAUACAGUCUCUAUGGGGAUUUACAACUCCUCUGAGCAGAGCAGUUAUCAAUUCUAUGAUCUGGCAGACUGCUAUGGCCUGAAAGAGACUGACAUUUAGAGGGCGACCAAAGAAUCCAUUAUUUAUUUUCAAAGGGUCAUAUUGGACCAACAUGCAAGAAAGACUAGUGCAUCAUUUUGUGUUCUCAAAAUAUCUGAUAAUCAAAGCUCGAUUAAGCCGUGGAAUGACAACGAAGGCUUGAUCCCAGCACAAAGAGGACUAAAGCUUUAUGUCAGUCCCUCAUCCCCAUCAUGAUUAUUUAAGUUGUGAGCUGCUAAAAGCCACCUUUUGGAAGUGGACACAAAAGUAGCUAACUCCUUGUACUUAAUGUGACUGCUGUCACUUGGAAGCAAUGUGCAUCAACAUUACCCAGACCACAGUCAACAGGUGUAAGCACUUUCAUUCAGACAUUUAACAUGAGCUUUAUUAUUACUGUUACACCCAUUUCUUUAAAUUUUAUAUCAGACAGUCUUCAUAUCUUUAACUAUUAGCCAGCUGACACUGUGUAGUAACACCCAAUGAAUGGUGACUGCUUUGUCUGAUAUUCAGCUGACUUUAAACAACAAAAAACAGAAAUGGAUUGAAACAAAUAUUUUGAAUCACUAACAGAGCAAAGUUAGUCAAAAGUGCAAUUUUUAUUGUUGCCAGAAUGUCUGGAUUUAAUCAUAUGUAAUAUGUAGGAAUAAAUUAUGUUACUUGUGCCAUUUUUCUGUUUUGACAAGGCAUUGUAAAGAUAAGAGGCCAGCUAAGAAUAAAGAUGAUACACAGUAUUUAUUCUUAUUGUUAACUUGUCAUUGAUAUGUAGACUUGUUUAAAUAAAAACCCAUGAGUCAACUUGUCCACCUAACUGUAAUUCGCAACGCCAAGUGAGUGAGUACCAAUGUGAAAUGAACAUGCUUUUUUUGUAUUUUGUGAUGUUAUGUUUGUUUAUGUAAGUUGAAAAACAAAAUAAAAAGGAGAGAAAACAA